UCACUCAACAUAACAAACAGGCUGUACCUGCAGUCAUAACGCGGGGAAAUAUCUGCAUUAGAGCUCUCCUCUGUUUGGCAGGUGAUCUGCUGCACAUCUUACGUCGCCGUCAGAAUGUUUAAUUUCUGUCCGCACUGUGGCACAAAGGUGCAGCCUGGUUUCAAAUUUUGUCCAUCUUGUGGGGAUAAACUCCCGACAGAUAGUCCAACAGAACUUGAAACUUCACAACCUCCCGAAUCGCUUCAGAACUCUGUGCUUCAGUCUGCGAGCGGUAGAGGAGACAUUUCUGAGGACUCCUCCCCCUCUCCACUGAUUCGCCCACCUUUGCGUACAUCUCGUCGAAAGACCUUGAGUGGCACAGGCAAACCCACAGAAACUGUUGAAUCUACAGACAAGAAGUCUUUAACGUCUGCUCGAAAGAGAAAGGCAUCCCCCCUGGUUAAAGAGGAGGAAGUGUCAAAGAAAACAUCUUCAGUUAUAACUCUAACCCCAGACAAGAAGUCUUUGACAUCUCCUCGAAAAGGAUCCCCUCUGGUUAAAGAACAAGAGGAGGCCCAUCAAAUGUCUUCAUUUACACUUCAAACUCCAGAUAAGAAGUCUUUGACAUCACCUCGAAAACAAAAAGCUUCUCCCCAGGUUAAGGAUGAGGCAAAGCAAACAUCUUCUGUUCUAUUGAAAAGCCCAGCUAAGUCCAAAUCCAAGAAGCGGGUGUGUGCUGUUGAGCCUGUCCAGGAAGGCACUGUGGUUUGUGACCAGUCAAGCAAAAAAUGGAAGCUGGUUGAACUUCUGUGGCAAACAGAAAUAGACCUUACUUAUGCAGUGUGCCAGGCAAAUCAACACUCAGACUCAAAUGGAUGCAAGCACAUCUUGAGACUGGGUGCUAAAGAAGGACAACUGUUCAAUGAGCAGAAUUUCCAUCUGAGAGCAGCAAAACCUGAUGCAGUGGACAAAUGGUUGAAAUUACACAAAAUGGACUUUCUUGGGAUACCAUCCUGUGUGGGAUUUGGACUUCAUGAAUCAUACAGGUUUUUAGUUUUUCCAAGCAUGGGUGAAACUCUACAGUCGGUCAUGGAGGAAGGGACUGGUUCUCUGUCUGAGAAAGCUGUUCUGCAGCUGGCAUUGCGACUAUUGGAUUCACUUGAAUUCAUCCAUGAGAAGGAGUACGCUCAUGCAGACAUACAUGCAGGAAACAUCUACAUUAACACUGACAGUCACUCAGAGGUUUUCUUAUCUGGCUUUGGGCAUGCAUUUAGGUUUUGCCCAGGUGGAAAUCAUGUGGAGUACCGGCAGUGUAGCCGCACUGCUGACCAGGGUAACAUCAACUUCAUCAGCCUGGAUUCUCACAAGGGUGCUGGUCCCUCUCGUCGCAGUGACCUGCAAUCUCUAGGUUACUGCAUGCUGUUCUGGAUGACGGGCACUCUACCCUGGAGUCACCUCACUCACACAAGCUCUACUAUUGCUACAGAAAAGGAGAGGUGUAAUUCUGAUAUCGCUGGACUUGUGAGUUUCUGUUCUAAAAAGAAGAAAUAUUCAAGUGCAUUACUAGAUUACUUGUCUAAUGUGAUGACCCUGCAGUACACUGAGCAACCAAAUUACUCCCUUCUGAAAGCUGGUCUUCAUAACAGCUUGCUGAAGAUGGGCGGGAGUCUGGAGGAACCAUUGGAUCUGCAGGUGAAACCAUAAUGGGAAGAGUAAACAAACAUUUGAAUGUAAUUGCUUUUAGCAGAUGUUUUAGGUAGCUUUUAUGUUUUUAAAGCAACUUUUAUUGCUGUUUUACAAUUAUAUUUUAAUGCAAACUUUGCUGGUUUUAUUUCACUCCGUUGCGUAUAUGUUCCACAUGCUGCAAUUAACAUACCGGUUAAUUUUAAUAGCUGUAAUUGUUUUUACUUGGAAAUAAAUAAAUAAAUAAU